GCGUCUUAAUUAUAUCAAAUCUCUUAUUUUUUUGGAAUAUCGUUUCUUUAUUUUAAUCCAUCGUUCAAGUUGAUAUCUUAGUAAACGGUCAAGUGAAUUAUAUGUGAGUAUAUCAUGAUCGCGAAGAUUGCUUGCUAGGGGUGUAAAAACGUUGCUUUUUGUACCUAAAAUGAAGCUUUCAAGCUCAUAUUUGGCGGAAACAUUGGGAGUCCUUCAGAUUGAUAUUGAAGUUUUUACGGAACGCAAAAAAAAUUUGAAGGAAGAUUAUAUACUAUCGCCUUAUUAUUACCUUCUUAUCUUUCCCAUUAUAAUCUCGAAAAAAUGUUGGGUUAUGGGCGCGGUCUACGUCGUGACUUAUCACAGCCGGCACUGGCUCCAAAAUCUCUGGAUAUUGGCGUAGGCACACAGAGUUUUGGUUCAACUGCUAAAACAUGUCGAGUUGGCUUUGGUCGUCGAGGAAAAAUUUUACCAUCCGGAUCUCAUAAGUUGCCUGCCUUAGGAACGAAUGCUUCCGGAGAUGACUCAUUAUCAACCAAAGCUCAAGACGAUGAAAAAUCGAAAGAAGUGCACCCUAAGGACUUAAUCAUGAAAGAGCCUAAGGAAACUUCGAGUUUGCUUACAUCUCCUAAAGCAACUCAUGGCGUAAAAGGUACUCCGAUUCAAUUGGUAUGCAAUCACAUACGUAUAAACUCGGAUCCAAAUAAGGGCAUUUAUGUUUAUGAAGUGCGCUUUAUCCCCAAUAUCGACUCGAACCGUUUAAGGAGACAAUAUUUAAAUGAGCACAGCGUCAAGUUUGGCGGAACUAAAACUUUUGAUGGUGUCACUUUAUAUUUACCAAUUUUGUUGAAAGAUGAACUUACCACGUAUGUCUCAAAAGCGUACGAUGGAUCUGAUAUUGAGAUUCGGAUACUUUUUAAAAGAAAAGAAUUGCUAAAACACUGUAUGCAGUUUUAUAACGUCCUUUUUGAUCGAAUCAUGAAAACUCUAAAUUAUGUACGGUUUGAUCGGAAGCAAUUUGAUCCAACAUCGUCAAUAGUGCUCCCACAGCAUCAGUUGGAAAUAUGGCCCGGAUAUGUGACCGCCGUAGAUGAACAUGAAGGAGGUCUGUUACUUUGCUGCGAUGUGUCUCAUAGAUUACUAUGCCAAAAAACUAUUUCGGAAACGCUCCUUGAAAUUUUCAGACGUAACCCCAAGCACUUUCAAGAAACGGCUAAGAAGGCACUCUUAGGUGCUACCGUUAUAACGAGAUACAACAAUAAAACCUACCGAAUUGACGAUAUUUGUUUUGAAAAAAGUCCGCGAUCGACGUUCACAUUCAAAGAAGGGACACUGAGUUUCUUGGACUAUUAUCGAAGGAAUUACAAUAUUGAAAUAAAAGACACAAAUCAACCACUCUUGAUAUGCAUCAAAAAACAACGUAUGUCGCAGAGAUCGCAAGCAGAAGAUCUCGUUAUCUGUUUAAUUCCUGAGCUGUGUUACGUAACCGGGUUACGUGAUGAAAUAAGGGCUAAUCACAAACUAAUGCGUGAAAUUGCGACUUUCACUUGCCUCUCACCUGUUCAGCGUAUAAAUGCAUUGAAAAAAUUUUAUACGAAUAUAGAUAACAGUCCCGAAUCGCGGAAAAUUUUAAGUGUGUGGGGAUUAUCUCUUGUACAGAAUUAUGAGGAAAUCAGUGGCCGGCAA